CCUGUUGCACAGAGCGAGCAGGAGAGCACAGCAUGAGCUGCUGGGCAUGAGGAGGGCAGCUGGGGCGUGCUCCUGCCCUGAGACACCCGCCUGGGCACGGCACCCGAGGGGCAGGACAGGAGCCUGGCACCAGGGCACAGCCCCCAGGGGACGGGGCCAGCAUGCCCAGGAGGGCCGAGAGCUACGAGGAGAGGAGCGAGCGGCGGCAGGAGGCGCGGGAGCGGCGGCGGGGCCGGGUCAAUGCCACCUGCUGCAGGGCCAGCGUCACCCCGGGCCGGGGCACGGCCACCAGCCCCCGGCAGGCCGAGUUCCUCCGCAGGAGAAACCUGGGGCCCGAGGCCGGGGGGGCCCUGCCGGGACAGAGACGGGCGCGCUCACCGAAGGACAGCCACAGCCCCUCCGGGGGGGGACCGUCCCCACGCUGUCCCCGCGCCUCCACGGGGACACAGACCCUGCCCAGCUCGGCAGUGACAGACUCCAGCCAGCAGACAGACUGGGGAAUAGCAGUUUUAAAUAAGGAAAUGGUGCAGCUUUCCAACUACCUGAAGGAGGCCCUGCACCGUGAGCUGCUGCUCAAGCAGAAGAUGGUGAUUUUACAGGAGCUCCUGUCCACCCUGCUGCAGGCUUCAGAGAAAUCCUGGCAGGGCCAGCUGAACGAGGACAAACUGAGGUGCAAACUGCGGGUGCUGGAAAACCAGCUGCAGGCCUGCAGCCAGAGUUACUCAAAGGAGUGUGUGAAGAAGAUCCUGAUCGAGAUGGAGGACCAGAAGCAAACCUAUGAGCAGAAGGCAAAAGAGGCUCUUCAGAAGAUGCUGGAGGAAAAACUCCUAACAGAGCAGCAGCUGCAGAACUCUCAGAGAAGCCUGGCAGAGAUGCGAGAGGACCUGGCCCUGUGGAAGGAGCACAAUGCCACACUCAGAGCCGAGCUGACCAAGGAGACCACAGCACACACCGAGCUCAGAAACAGCUUCCAGGCUCUACAGAGCGAGCUGCAGCGGGCGGACGCGCAGAGCCAGCGGCAGAGCCGGGAGCUGCGGGCGCUGCGGGACGAGCGCACGGAGCUGCUGCAGACAGCCAGCGCCCUGCGCAGCGACAACGACCACCAGGCCGGCCUCAUCCGCCGCUUCCGAGAUAAAUUGCAAAAAGAACAAGAGCAGAAAGUGACACUGGAGACAACAAUCAGCCAUUUGCAGAACGUGAUCCACAACCAGAACAACCAACAGAGGGGCCAGGAGGUGACGGUGCAAAGGACAGACCAGGUUUCCACCACACAGACCCCACCUCUCACUCCUGCCAAGGAGAAACAAAACGCUCUGUCAGAGCACCCCGAGGAGGAGGAGGAGGGAACAGAAAGUCUGAAGGAUGAGAUGCAGAAAAGGACAUCCCAGCUCACAGCAAAGGAGAACGAGGUACCCGAGGAUGCUCAGCAGAGCCGUGCCCAGCUGCGGGCGAGGCGCUGCAGCCACUGCAGCAGCCCAGCAGCCCUGGGGGCACACAGAGCCCAGGGGACCCCUCCUGCUGAGAGCCCCUCGCUGUGCCUGCAGUGCUCGGAGCUGCGCUCGGAGCUGGAGGCGCUGAGCCAGGAGUACCAGUGGUGCCUGACCCGGCUGCGGCAGUGCCGCGACGAGCUGAACCGCUCCCAGGGCAGCCAGGCUCAGAAACAGCGCAGCCCCUGGACCCCUCUCCUGGUGGCAGUGGCAGCAGUGGCCAUCGCCGCCUUCCUGGCAACGUACAGCCUGUGAAGGAGCUCCCUGAUGACUGACUUCACUGCAGGAACUGACCUCUGCUUCACCAAGAGCAACCUGACCUGACCUGACCUCACCUUCUGCUGUUUUGUGUGUGCACAUUGGGUUUGUACCCCGAGCUGGUGUCACUCCAGCCAGCUCCUGUGAGCACGGGGACAUCGCCCCUUCCCUUGGCUGCUGUGGUUGCUCUGUUACUGCCAAAGGCUGCCCUGCCCAGCCCUGAAGAUCCGAGGGACAAAGCCCCUGUCAGGACGAGAGGGACAGGGCAUCCUGUGCCUGUGCCAUCCAGCCUACCUGGGGUUUAUAUCCCCAAGUUCCCCUCCUGUAUUUAUUGCCUCCCUAAAAGGGAGGUACUCGAUCCUGGGCCAUCUCUACUUUUACCUGACAAAGGAACCCAGCUCAGGGGGGCUCCUCAGCACAGUCCCCUCACACCCACUGCUCUAUCCCACUCCUCCAGCCUCCCUUGUGGCCAAGCAUCCCCACAGCCACACCUGCUUCCCAUCAUUGCCAGCACCACAAGAAUUCAUCAGGGACAGGGGUUUAAAGUCCCUUUUGCAGCUCCACCGUGCAGGUUUUACAGCAGAACGUGCCCAUCAUUCAUGUGCAGGCUCAGACACAAUGACAUCACCUCCCAUGGAAGUAAAUAUACCUGAAAUAUACACGUAAUGUACACGUAGUACAUGGAGCCUACAAUAAACUUCACUAAUUCAAAGCACUGUGGUGUUCAAAUA